AUGUGGUCGAAAAUCUCCGGCGCGCUGUCCGGCUCUCGACGAGGCGCACCCGCGGCAGAAGAGCUCGCCGCGCACGCCCCAUCCCACGACGACGACGAGACGGGCGUCUUCUCUGCCGUCCUCAACGCGCACCCCAACCUCUCCGUCUUCCACGACGAUAUGCCGCCUAUGAAGGACCUCCCCACCGUACCGGAGACCAUGAGCCCUCCCCCGAGUCCCGGCAAGAAACGUGGCAUGCUCAAGCGGUUGAGCAAGGUGCCGAGCAGCAUGGGUGUUUCGGGCGAGGGCUCGUUGCCCAGUCCUGGAUUGGCGAAGUUUGGAUUGAGUAAGAAGGUGAAGAGCAGUGUUAAUUUGUCUAGUCAUCGUAAGUCCUUCGCUCCAUUCCACCCGUCGUCCCUUCCGCGCCUAUUUGGGCUUUCUCACUCGCGACUGCGGUUCGAGUUGAUGCGCCCUCCUUCCAUUCCGCCUGUCGUUCUACCGUAUCCAGAAAUUCACUCUGCUAAUGAACGAAUGUAA